AAUUACAACUACUCAUGUUUUUCAAAUUGAGGACUUUCAUUGACUCUUGCAUUUCUUCCACACGCAGAAGCAGAGACCAGAGAUAGAUAACUUCAACUCAUCACAUAGCUAGCUAUCUAGCUUCAACUCAUGGCUUCAACUUGUAACUCCCACCACAGCCAUCGUUUUCUGCAUCUAUGGAUGGUGUUGUCUUUGUUGUUGAUGAUGAGUUUAGCUUCAAAUCCAUGCCACGCUCUCCAAUCCUUCGGUUUUGACAUCCACCACCGCUUCUCGGAACCAGUGAAGGGUAUUCUGGGUAUUGAUGAGGUGCCUGACAAGGGAACUCGCGAGUACUAUGUUGCUAUGGCCACCAGAGACCGUGUGUUCCGAGGGCGGCGCCUCGCCGGCGAUGACCAGACUCCGGUAACUUUUGUCCCCGGCAACGAGACGUAUCGGAUUGGCUCAUUUGGAUUUUUGCAUUUUGCCAAUGUUUCUGUUGGGACACCAGCAUCUUCAUUUCUUGUGGCAUUGGAUACUGGCAGUGACUUGUUCUGGUUACCUUGCAAUUGCACCAAAUGUGUCCGUGGUAUCAAGACCUCAGGACAGAGAAUUGAUUUUAAUAUCUAUGAUAUCCAAGAAUCAUCCACGAGCCAAAAUGUUUUGUGCAAUAGCAGCUUAUGUGAUUCUCAGAGACAAUGCUCUUCAUCUGCUGAGACUUGUCCAUAUCAAGUUAACUAUCUAUCUAAUGGCACUUCAACUACUGGGUUUUUGGUAGAAGAUGUCUUGCACUUGAUCACAGAUGAUGAUCACACAAAAGAUGCUGACACCAGAAUCACUUUCGGUUGUGGCCAAGUUCAGACUGGUGCAUUUUUGGAUGGAGCUGCUCCAAACGGUCUUUUUGGGCUAGGAAUGGGUAAUGUCUCUGUCCCAAGUGUCUUAGCCAAACAGGGCCUUACUUCAAAUUCAUUUUCAAUGUGUUUUGGACCUGAUGGUCUUGGAAGAAUCACUUUUGGGGACAAUAGCAGCAUGGACCAAGGAAAAACACCAUUUAACCUCAGGCCAUUGCACCCAACUUACAACAUCACCAUUACCCAAAUUAUUGUGGGAAAAAAUGUUGCUGAUGUUGAGUUCCAUGCAAUAUUUGACUCUGGUACCUCGUUUACAGCCCUAAGUGACCCGGCUUAUACACAGAUUACGCAGGGUUUUAAUUCAGCUGUUAAACUACAAAGGCAUUCAUCUUCUGAUUCUGAUGCUGAUCUUCCCUUUGAGUAUUGUUAUAACUUAAGUCCAAACCAGAAGAUUCAAGUUCCCAUUAAUCUUACUAUGAAAGGGGGAGACAAUUAUUUAGUCAUGGAUCCAAUAGUAACUGUUUCUGGUCAGGGUGUUAACUUGCUUUGUUUGGGAAUCGUGAAAAGUGAAAACGUGAAUAUCAUUGGACAGAACUUCAUGACUGGUUACCGCAUAGUCUUUGACCGUGAGAACAUGGUUCUGGGUUGGAAGGAAUCAAAUUGUUAUGAUGAUGAACUCACCAAUUUACCUAGUAACCGAUCUCAACCCCCUGCUGUUUCUCCUGCUAUGGCUGUGAACCCUGAAGUAACAUCAAACCAGUCUAAUGAACCUGAGAGGCCAUCCUCUGGUCACUCGUUUAAAAUAAAACCUGCUUUUGCAUUUACGACGGCAUUUCUGCUGCUUUUGGCCAUUUUUUGAGCAUAACUUUGGCUGUUGAGUUAUUCAAAUUAGUGUUAUAUUUUUUGCAGAACACACCAUAGAAGAAGCAUUAUUAUCACACAAUUUUUUAGUCUUAAUAGCGUUGAUUUUAUAGAGCUUGUAAGUAAUGUGAAAACAUGUCAGCAUAGUUGUAUACCACACAAUAGAUAUUUCCAUUCUUACAUGGUAAUAAUGUCAGUUGACUGAGUUCAUUU